AUAAUAAAAGAAAGAGAAAGAGAAAGAGAAAGAGAAAGAGGGAAGGGUACGAUGUUUGGGAAAGGAAGAGAAUGAUGAUCAUGUUAAUGGGACCUGCAUUUUUCACUUGAAUUCAAAUGGCUGUUGCAAUCACCAACCCUUCCCAUUUCUCUUUUCACUUGGGACCAAACUAUCUGUUAGUGUCGCCAUCAUAUUAUUAUUUACCUUCUUCUUCCCCCUUGUUGCGCUCUUCACGACCAUGAUCCUCUGCCUCACACUCACUCUCCGAUUCGGAUCUCACUCGCGGAUCCACUUUCCACGUUCACCAUCUUUUUGCACUUUCUCAUGGAUCCCUCUAUGUCUCGUCCAGCUGUAGUCAUCGAUAAUGGCUCCGGGUAUACGAAGAUGGGGUUUGCUGGUAAUGUUGAGCCAUGUUUUAUAUUACCGACAGUUGUUGCAGUUAAUGAGUCGUUUCUGAAUCAAUCUAGGAGCACUUCCAAAGGCAAUUGGGUGACCCAGCACAAUGCUGGGGUUAUCGCGGAUCUUGAUUUCUUCAUCGGGGAUGAGGCGCUUGCUAAGUAUCGAACUAGCAGCACAUACAAUCUCAACUAUCCGAUUCAGCAGGGCCAGAUUGAGAAUUGGGAUGCCAUGGAGCGAUUUUGGCAGCAGUGCAUAUUCAACUAUUUGAGGUGUGAUCCAGAGGAUCACUAUUUUCUCUUGACUGAGAGUCCAUUGACCGCGCCUGAGAGUCGUGAGUAUACUGGGGAAAUCAUGUUUGAGACUUUUAACGUCCCUGGACUUUACAUUGCUGUGAAUUCUGUGCUUGCUCUUGCAGCUGGCUACACAACCUCUAAGUGCGAGAUGACAGGAGUUGUAGUGGAUAUUGGAGAUGGGGCUGCCCAUGUUGUACCCGUUGCAGAUGGCUAUGUAAUUGGUAGUAGCAUCAAAUCGAUUCCUAUUUCUGGAAAGGAUGCUACUCUUUUUGUGCAGCAGCUUAUGCGGGAAAGAGGAGAGAAUAUACCACCAGAAGACUCUUUUGAAGUGGCACGGAAAGUGAAGGAAAUGCAUUGCUACACCUGCUCUGACAUUGUGAAGGAGUUUAAUAAGCAUGACAAAGAACCAGCCAAGUAUGUCAAACAGUGGAAAGGCAUUAAACCAAAGACAGGAGCACCAUAUUCGUGUGAUAUUGGCUAUGAACGAUUUCUUGGCCCUGAGAUUUUCUUUAAUCCUGAGAUAUACAGCAGCGACUUUACCACCCCUUUGCCAGUUAUAAUAGACAAGUGCAUUCAGUCUGCACCAAUUGACACAAGAAGAUCAUUAUACAAGAAUAUAGUGUUGUCUGGAGGUUCAACCAUGUUCAAGGAUUUUCACAGGAGGAUGCAGCGUGAUAUAAGAAAAAUAGUGGAUGCUCGUGUCCUUUCAUCUGAAGCGCGCUUAAAUGGGGAGAUAAAAUCGCAGCCAGUGGAGGUAAAUGUAGUCAGCCAUCCCAUCCAGAGAUUUGCAGUUUGGUUUGGAGGAUCAGUGCUUGCAUCAACACCUGAAUUUUUUGCGUCUUGUCAUACAAAGGAAGAAUAUGACGAGUAUGGAGCAAGCAUUUGCCGUACAAAUCCUGUUUUCAAGGGGAUGUAUUAAAACAACGACAAAUUAGUUGAUCAUGGAUGCAGUGAUUUGAUAAGACGAUUGAAUGAAUGUCUGGUUAUUUUGAUCCUCAAUUCACCUCGAAGUCUUUCUUCUCACCUGUAUUCAGAGUGGCAGGCAGGAAUGUAAGAUAUGUAUAUUAAGUGAAAAUAAGCAUGUUGUUUUUAUUCCAGCGGUCUUCAUAGGAACUUGGUUUCACACGGUUAAUACAGUUGCCAGCAGCUCCAGAUGGUACUUAAUGGAUAGAUAGAAAUAUACUUUUUGUCAUUUAGAGUUUGAUGAAGUUUUGCAUUUUUUGUCAUUCAUUGUUGGGACUGAUAAUUCCAUAAAUUUCUAGGUAGGAAGUUGAAUUCAUUUUUGAUUGAAUUGUAAUAAGCACCAGUGCAGGUUAGAUUUUUGGUUUACGUGAAUCAUAUAUUUUUGCAUUUUUGGGUACAUAAUGUACAACUUGUAUUCUGUUUACUGAUGAUCAAAGCCAGAAAUAAUUAUUGUCACGUUAACUGUU